AUGGAAUUCAGUGUGAUUUCAAGUUCCCACCUUCAGCCUAAUAUGAUCACCUGCGGGACGACGUACGGUGACCUCUAUGUCCUGGACGCCUUCAAGCCGUCAUACCAUCGCAUAGAUAUGGCUAUGGUAGGGCGGUUCGCUGCCUACACGGCGUUGGAGGGGCUGGAAUCGCAGCAGGACCAACCUGGCAUGACCUCUGCGGCGUCAUACAGGCGUGGCCACCACGCCGCCGAACAAAUCACCGUGGAGCGCUACAGCAAACUAUUCAGAAGCGGGGUAAGAUGCGUUGAGUUCCACCCUAGGCUGCCCUCCCUCAGCGCCGUAGGGCUGGACGACGGUUCGGUCCACCUGCUGUUUGUUGAGGGUGAGAAUUUGGUGAUCAAAAAGACCCUUCGUCUGUUCACCUUCAAUCAUCCAGUUGAUCAGCUAGAGUGGCUGUUGGUGAAGGGCGAUAAAACGGACGGCAAACCGAAUCUGCGCCCAACUUCAUUCGUCGACCGCAUCUGGAGGAUCCUCGCACGUGCGUCGUACCACUCUCUUCUAAUUGGCAGGGCGAGCAGGCACGUGAAGGUAGUGCGCGUCGAACGCAACCCGCGUGUGUUCAACUUCCCGAGUGUUGUUAAGGCACCGCGUGGCGUCGGAAAGGAUGAGCCACGUCAGGGCGUGCAGCAACCAAGGACCCCGGCUGACAGGAAAGGCGGAAAACAAAAGCUCGAUAAAUCGGAAGCGCAUGGCGAGUCCGGCAACGGCGAAACAGAGGGCGAAGUAGCAUCUGUCUCAGUGAUCAGGUGGCCGCAGCCGGGGUACUUCGAAGAGGAACUGGAGUACCCAACGCUGACCAACUUCUGCCUGGUACAGGAGGCGCUCGGUGUGGUGAUGCACCACGAAAACGGCGUAUAUAUGCAUAUAUACACACCAUUAGAGGUGGAGUCCAACCUUAAGUUUGCGGAGUUUGAAAAGCGAAUUCGUUUGCCCAUAAAGGGUGUUCCCACCGCCAUCCAAAUCAGCCCCAAGCAGUACAACCAGAUGCGUCGGUAUCUCGGUACGAAUAACGCGCACAUGUUCACUCUCAACGGAGAGAAGUGCCUGAAUGCGCUUGGGGAGUUCAUCGCAAUAGCGUCAGACGACGGAUGUGUGCACGUCACCUCAAUUUUACACAUCUACAACAGAGCCCGUGCCGCCGUGACUGCGGCUGCGGGUAAAACGAACAUCGCAAGUGCCACAAACGCCGGCUCAACGGAGGACACUGCAAAUGCAGCCGCAGACGCCUCUAAUAACGACCACGUUGGUCGCCGUUCAUCUCUUGAUGAGCGCAACGAAGCUGAGGUUACCGCAGACGACCGUGACGGCCACUCGGCACCCACGAACUGCGGUGACGCCGCUAGGUAUUUCGACGUCGAGAUGGCAUCGCUUAACGUCGGCUGCGUAGUGAAAUGCCUUAGGUGGGGACUCUUAUGGAAUGACUACGUGCGCCAACCACAUCUUGUUGCGCCCGACCAAUGCUGCUGCUCGGACGACAUCCGCUUCUUGCUCGCGGCACACACAGAGGAACACGUCGAGGUCUUGCAGCUGGCUAAAAACGGCGGCAUCUUGAGUCUGGAAAGCAGCGAGCACAUCGGCGUACAGGGAUCUGCGGUGCACUGGGUCGAGGACACCAUCCCCAACGACAUGACCCUGAUGAUCGCCACCAACAGCGGCCUCGAGCGGUUCACCUGGGAGCGUGCUCGCCGCACCAACGCGUAA